GUAGUUGUGCCUUUGAUGUUCACUCUUCAUUCAGUCUUUUAGCCUCUGCUUCACGUCUGCUUUCCCUUUGAAGACCAUGUAGAGAUGAUUAUUAAAGGCGUCUGCUCUAAAUGUAUGGCUGAAUAUGGAUAUGGGUGGAACUGACAUCAGCUGCAACCUCUCCCAGCGUUUGAGCGUUCAUAGUGUUUGGCAGUGAGUUGAUCCAGGAAAUAAAAUGAGCCGCUUCACAGGCAUGGACAUAACUGGAAGAUUGUGACCGCCCUGAUGUGAAAGCCUUUUUCUGUCAAGACUAUGGAGAUCUUGUUCAUCCUUAAAUUGUUUGGAAAACUGUGUCAGACUAUUGCUAAAACCAGCAUGGAUCAGACCUGUCUCCUGCCCCCUGUGCCUUUUGUGAUCACAUCCAAAUCCCAAAGUGUUUGAUGAGUCUGAGCCAACAAGGCAGCCAUGUUGUCCGGUACGUGGCGGCGUUCUGUGGGAUCUCAGCAGUCCGGCCCAGUCACCGCGGGCAACACCCGGGGCCUGACUGUGUGUGGGGUCACCAGCGGGACAGUGGUGCUCGAGGCCCAGUAUGACUAUAACUACCGCGCAGCAGACGGCAGGCAGGUGUCCAUCAGGGAGGGGGAACGCUUCAUUCUCCUCAAGAAGACCAAUGCAGACUGGUGGCAGGUGCGGCGAAUUGGCGCGGCCAGUAAGACAAAGCCUUUGUACGUCCCUGCCACCUAUGUGACAGAGGUGCCUAUUCAGCCCAUGCCCUCAUCCCAGCGCUUGGUCACAUCAACUUCACUCAACUCCAACUUCCGGACACUACCACGAGUCGCUCUCACGCCAAGCCCCACUCAUUCAGUAUACAGUGAAAGGAAAGUGAUGCAUAAGCCUAUCUACCGCUCCAUGGACAACCUCAACUCAAGCAGUGCCUACCAAGGAGCGGGCAGCAGCGCCAGUGGUCAUGUACCUACUCUGCCCCUGUCCGGAUUCACCUUCACCCCAAACACAUGCACAUCUUCAUCAGGUCACCUCAUGGUCCCCAAAUCUCCCUCUUUGUCCACUUUUAAACCUGUCUCAUCAAACUCCAGGGUGAUUCCUACCAUUACCCGCAGCCAGAGCUCCAGCAAUCUGCCUGAAAAUGUAACAGAGAACCCCUAUGAUGAGGUGGGAGGAGGCACCAGUACCAGAGUGAACUGCAAGUCCCCCAAAAAGUCAUGUAGUCAGUGGGACGUCAUGGGAAACUCAAGGAAGAAGACACAUCUACAGGUCCCUCAAGAGUCAUACCUGUCUCAGCUCUCGUGGCAGGUGUCUCCUCUGUACAUGGACCCUCAGACAGAGAAGCGGUCUUUCCAGCAGGAGCCCCCCAGUCCUGCCUCGGGACAGCAGCCUCUGCAGACCCUGGAUCUGUGGGAGCAGUACACAGACCCCGCCUCGGGCCGCUGGUACUACGUCAACAGUGUCACUAAGGAGAGGUCGUGGAAGCCCCCGCGAAGGGCCCGCAGUCACACAGCCAGCUCCGGGACCAAGGCGAGCUACACCAAGCCCACUGUGGUUCAAGCUCAAACGUUACCCAGAGACACCAGCCAUCUGACUCUGACACUUCCUGCUACGAGUAAUGGGACCAUGUACAGGCUGUCACCUGACUACAGCUUUGGGACCCAGGACAAAAACACUGACAGUGGCUGGGACAUCUCACAGAGCCUGCCCCGAGCCGCCUCCUCAGACAACCUCAAUAGCAUGAUGUACAUCAACUCUCAAAGUCAAAACUAUAAUGAGUCCAGGCAGCAGCUCAGCCAUUCCCAGUCUCUCAUCCUCCCUGAGAAUGGCAAGCUCAUUCAGCAGUGCAAUGACUACUCAUGUAACAUGACCAACAUUGUAGUGGAGCCCCCCUCUCCAGCCAGCUCCCCAGACAGUGAUAACUGCACACCGGAGUUGGAGAAAGCUGGGCUAUUAAAUAAGACCAAGAUUGCUGAAGGAGGGAGAAAGCUAAGGAAAAAUUGGAGUAAUUCUUGGGUGGUACUGGUUGGGAACAGCCUGGUUUUCUUCAAAGAUCCUAAAUCACAGACGCCAUCCAGCUGGAGACCAGGAAACAGCAGGCCUGAAAGCAGUGUGGAUUUAAGGGGAGCACAGCUGCACUGGGCCAAUGAUCUAUCCAGCAAGAAGAAUGUCUUUAAGUUGAGGACAGUGACCGGAAAUGAGUUCCUGCUCCAAUCAGAGACAGACUCACUGAUCAAAGAAUGGUUUAACACCAUUCAAAGCGUCAUUGACCGCCUGGACCGUGAAAACCCUUUGGACAAUGUGCUGCUGUAUUCUCUGAGAAGAGCGGGCAGUGUGGAGAUGCUGGACAACAGUGGGGAUGAGGAUGAGAGGAAAACAUCCCUCCCUCGUUCCUCAUCCAACCUGGAGAACACAGAGCGGAAACGUGUCAAGUCCAGACUCAAGAAGCUGAUCCUGAAGAGACCUCCUCUGCAGACUCUGCAAGAGAAAGGCUUAAUUAAAGAUCAAGUAUUCGGUUGUUGUCUGGAGAUGUUGUGUGAGAGAGAGAAGAGCACCGUCCCUCGCUUCGUUCGACUCUGCACCGAGGCAGUGGAGAGAAGAGGACUGGACACUGAUGGCAUCUACAGAGUGUCUGGAAAUCUGGCAGUCAUUCAGAAACUACGCUUCAGGGUCAACCAUGAGCGAGCAGUGACUACAGACGGACGUUACAUGUUCCCUUCAGAGUUGGUACAAGAGGAGAAGCUCAAUCUGGACGAGAGUGAGUGGGAGGACAUCCAUGUGAUCACGGGAGCUUUGAAACUUUUCUUCCGAGAGCUUCCCGAGCCGCUGGUCCCAUAUGGCUUCUUCACCGACAUCGUGGAGACAGUCAAGAUGACAGACUACAUAGAUAAAGUGGAUCGUCUGAAGUGUCUGGUCUUGAACAUGCCUCCACCAAACCAUGACACACUGCAGUUCAUGUGUCGCCAUCUCAAACGUGUGCUGGAACAUUCAGACUCCAACCGAAUGACCACCCAAAAUAUCGGCAUAGUCUUUGGUCCAACCCUUAUGCGCCCUGAAAGAGAUAUCGGCAACAUCGCGAUCAACAUGGUGUACCAGAACCAGGCGGUGGAGCUUAUACUCAGUGAAUAUGAACACAUCUUCGGGACACGAGGCUUUUCUUGAUGUUUUGACGCAUCCAAAUGAAAGGACCUCCUUGCAAUCAGCACCCAACCCAAGCACAAGUAGAGCAGCAUCUGACCUCCUUCUAACCGAGGACUCAUUCGGUGUAAAAUGGAUUUAACAUCAAAAGAUAAUUACGGGGUGAAAAAGAACCAGGACAGAAAGCUGCUAAUCAUGACAUCUGGUCUCCAUAUAUAAAGUCAUGUUAAAACAAUAAUAGUAAAAACAUGCCAAAUUUAGCUGCUACGCUUGUGUCUUUGAAUGUGGGGACACUGCAGCUGGAAAAGACUGUACCUUGUUACUCUCCUUUCAUCUUUCCAUGGGUCAAACUUGAUUAGGAUUUUUGAAAGCCAUAAGUUUACUCAUCAGGUUUGGUCAAAUAGCUUUCUGUUAGUUCAUCUCCAUUCAGACGUCACCUUUUCUGCCUUUAUAUUUUAACUUAGGUGUUAGCGUCCUUUUUUUACCCAUACGCAAGAUCCACCAUGUCUUGCCAAGGGACACAAUGGCAGUAUGUAGCGACUGGAGCUGCUGUCAAACUGCUAAACUGUGCAUUGGUGAAUGAACACUUUUACACUUUUACCUAGGCACACCUGCUUACACAUCACAUCAUAUUUGGGUCUAAACUGGAACUAAAGAUGAAACUAAACGUGGACUAGACCAGGACUAGACUGGGAUUAGACAUGUUAUGUAAGAGUGAACAUACGAUAACCUAACCACUGAGCCAUAAUUGAACUGAUGUUGUCAAUUCAGCAAUUAUGUUAUAAGUUAUAUGGAGGGAUUUCUAUAGGUAAAAGCUAUCAUGUUUAAACUGUUUUUUGUUUUGUUUUUUACUUCAGGAGUACAGUACUUGUCAUCACUAGUCCACAUGAUGACAGGGCAGACUGACAUUGUUGCCAUAUUUUGGUGUCUUCACUGGUUAGUGAAGUGCUACUAACCGAUCAGGGCACACUGAGACUUAAAUUAAAAUAAUUUAAGAGUUAAAACAUGCAAACUCAUUUUAGCUGUCUGAAAUAUGACUGAAGAAUAUGUUAUAUAUAGGACCUUUAAAUCAUAGAAAUGGGUGAAGGAGGGAGCUAAACUUAGGGGAACCAUUGCACUGUGAAACCCAGCCUCACCAGCACAUACACCUCGACUGUCAGUGCGGGGGAAUAUACAGUGAAAUAUGCAAAAACCAGCAGGAAGCAGACCGGGUGUGUACACGGACUUUAAGUAUACAACUAUGAUUGUGACAACGGGCGGAGAUGUUCCCUCAACCAAACUAGUCCCUAUAUGUGGACCUCUAUCCCUUUUCCUUACUGUACAAAUUCCUUUAUGAAAUUAUAUAUAACAUUAUAAAUUAAUGUUGUAAAUAUGUGAAAUAUGACAACCUAGUAGCACCUUUUGUGUAACAUUAGCAGUGAUGUUGAAAAUACUACUGAUGCUGUGUACAUAAACUGCAAAAAGUGAGGCCUAAGUAAAUUCAGAUUACUCCAAUUAAGAUUAUUUGACUUGAUUUGAGUAGAUUUCCUUUGACAAGUAAAAUGAUCUACUAAUGGAAUUUUGGAGUUUUUUUUCUUAAAUCAAACAACAUACGAUUAAUUUUUUUUUAUUUUAAGUACUAAGAGUUGUUUUUCUUAUCUUCAGAGUAACUAGGUGUAUUUUCCUAUUUCAACUAUAAAAUGACUUGUUGUAUUGGUAGACAAUUUUACUUUGUCAUGAAAUUUACACAAAUCAAUAUAACAUGUUCUUAAUUCAAGUCAUUUUUACUUGGCAAGAUUUGAGUUUUUGCAUUGUAGGCUUUACCUGCACUGUUCACCUUACAAUAAACCUGCGUGAACAUCCC